GUUGUUUUAUCUCCAGUAGCGACAACUUAGUCACUUUUAGUUUAUGUGGUUGACAAAUGACAUUUAAAAGAAUGUCAACUGUCAGAAUAAGAUUUGACAACCAUUGACAUCUGUCCCUCAGUCAGUUAAAAAAUUGGAUUUUAUUUCCAAUUUUCAUUCUCCGACCAACUUUUAGGAUAAGAAUUUGUAGAUUGGUGUUUUAGUUUUAAAUGUACAGAUAAGUAAGGUCAGCUGUACACGAUCUUUUAAAAAAUGGCAGCGCCAGUGGUUAUUGCAGCUACAGCCAAACAGACUGGGACACUUAUUUUCCUUCAUGGAUUAGGCGACACGGGCCAGGGCUGGGCUAGUGCUAUGGCUGUUGUACGGCCUUCUUACGUCAAAGUUAUUUGCCCUACCGCCCCUACAAUGUCGGUCACGUUGAAUGCUGGUUUCCGCAUGCCAUGUUGGUUUGAUCUGAAGACAUUAGAUGAAUCUGGCCCAGAAGAUGAACCAGGAAUCAAAAAUGCUACAAAACAUAUUCACGCCCUCAUAGAAAGCGAAGUUUCAGCGGGUAUACCACCGGAGAGAAUCCUUGUAGGAGGAUUCUCUCAAGGAGGAGCUUUGGCAUUAUAUUCUGCACUUACUUAUCCUAAGAGAUUGGCUGGAGUUGUAGCUCUCUCCUGUUGGUUACCAUUGAACAGAUCCUUCCCAGGAGCUAAAACAUUGAAUAGUGAUUCCUUACCAAUUUUACAAUGCCACGGCGAUUGUGAUCCAGUUGUCCCUUACAAAUGGGGCCAAAUGACAGCAUCCGUAUUGAAAACGAUGAUUAGAAACAUCGAUUUUAGGUCAUACAGGGGUUUGACACAUACAUCAUCUGAUGAAGAGCUAAACGAUGUUAAACAAUUUAUAACUAAACACCUUCCUAGUCAAUAGAAUUCUCCGAAUACAUAAAGUUAUUUCAAUUUUCAAUCAUAAAUGAGUUCGAAAAUAUAUUGGUAGAAUAAUUUAUUUAUUAAUUUGACCAUUGCCAGUGAUGUGCUGAGAUUAUGCAAUAUAUGUUUUUAGGUUAGGAUAUUUUAUCAUUGAAUUACUUUUUCUCCUUGCACUUGUCAUUUGAGAUUUUAACCAGAACUAGUUGUAUUACACUUUAGGUAUAGUUUUUCGACAAAUAUGGAGAGAAAGGUAUUAGUCCUUGCUGAAUUAGAUCUACAAGUUUAAAUUUAUGAAAUAGUUGCACCUUUACGAAAAUAAAAAAAAAAUGUUGAUAAAUUACAGGGUUCAAUGGAAAGUUAUCAAAAUUGAAAAAAAAAAUGUUUCUAUAAAUACUAUUUUCAUACAGAUUAUGGCAAAAAAUAUAAAUAAAAAAAUUUAUAGAAUUUAAUAUAUAUACAAAGUGUUUCUUUAACCAAAAAUAAGACGUGUUUGGCGAUGCUUUGUUUCGAAGAUACAAUUUUACAAUCAAUUAUUAUUAUUGUAUCUGAAACUCUAAUAAGUCAGUAAAGAUGACGCUUAGCAUAUUGCACACUAGAUUUUUUGUGGAUUUAUUUUAAGCUUGAUAUUCUACAGAGUUUCAUAAAAUUGCAUCUCCUAAACGAAACUGAAAUUCAAAAGAUAUUAAACAGUGCUUUUCAUUAGUCAUUUUAAUUAUCUAACUAAUUGUGCUAUCAAAAAGUGAAAAAGUGGUGUUUACACCCUUUUAUUGCUAAAGUAUAUGCUUUUUUAAUUUUAUUUAAAUUAUUAAAUAAGCAGUUUCGGAAAUAUUUUGAAAAAAAAAAAACGAACAAAAUUAUAAAUGUUAACACUCGUAUUUUUGAAACAAAUCUGCCAUGUUGAUAAAAACUAUUCAUCUUAUUUUUGGGUAAGGAAUCACCCCACUAUAUAUUUGAAAUACUAUAAAAAUAUAUUUUCGAAUUCAAAUGUCAAAAUUGUUCUAAAAUUAACUUAACCCGUAGAUUCCCUCCAUGUAGCCAAAACACUAGUUAUAAUAGAUUGUGUAUUCUUUUAAUGCAGUUCUUCCACAAAAAUUGAAGUUAGAUGAAUAUACCAUUCCGUUUAAGUUAAUUUGAGAACACGUAUGAAACAAUGUGGUUUUAUCAGUAAGCAUUCCUAAGUUUACAGUAACUUAACCCUACCUGAGACCACGAACAAUGCUUUUAAUUUAUUCAAUAACCAUGUGAAUAAAAUUAUG